GCCAUCGGUGGAAUGGUGUGCAGGAGGAAAAGGCAUCUCACCAUCCCCGCCCUCGUUUCAUCAGCUAUGAGCUCCAAGGAAGACCUCUCCUUCCAGAACCAUCAGAGAAAGACACCGUCACCAGAGGCGAUAAGACACCUUGCCCAACAAGCAAAUUCAGAUUAGCUGGGACUCUGCAUUUUCAGACCUAAGUAGCAGCCAAGGGGAAUCCACAGCCAGCUAUUUUCUUUCAAACUGGAGAUUUCCCUUCAGGUUACUGAGAAUCUAUCUUCUGGUAGUUUCAUGUGGCUCUGUCCUCAAACCAACCACCAGCCAAUCCAAGCGACCUACUUCAGGGGUACUCUCUUACUAAGACAGCAUGGCCAAGGGUGGAAAAGGCCCCAAGGGCAAGAAGAUCACUUUCAAGGUGGCCAAGAAUUGCAUCAAGGUCACGUUCGAUGGGAAAAAGCGUCUUGACUUGAGCAAGAUGGGAAUCACCACCUUCCCCAAGUGUAUUCUGCGGCUCAAUGAUGUGGACGAGCUAGAUCUCAGCCGAAAUCUGAUUAAGAAGAUCCCUGAAUCUAUUUCCAAGUUCCAGAACCUACGGUGGCUGGACCUGCACAGCAACUACAUCGACAAGCUCCCUGAGUCCAUCGGCCAGAUGACCAGCCUGCUAUACCUCAACCUCAGCAACAACAAGCUGACCACCAACGGGCUGCCUGUGGAGCUCAACCAGCUCAAGAACAUCCGGACAGUGAACUUAGGCCUGAACCACCUAGACAGCGUGCCCACCACGCUGGGCGCCCUGAAGGAGCUGCAUGAGGUGGGGCUCAAUGACAACCUGCUUACCUCUAUUCCCGCCAGCAUCUCCAAGCUCCCCAAGCUGAAAAAGCUCAACACCAAGCGGAACCCCUUUCCAAAGGAAGAGGAAUCAGACCUCUUUAUUGAUUCCAUCAAGCGGCUGGAGAACUUAUAUCUGGUAGAGGAGAAGGACCUAUGUGGGCCUUGCCUGAGGAAAUGCCAACUGGCCCGAGAAAAGCUGAACAAAAUCAAGACCAUGACCUCGUUUGCACAGAGAAAGGCUGUCUUUUCCAAUCUGGUUGCACCCAACUCCAUGGCCAAGGAUUCCCAGGAAGACUGGAGGUGACCUGGGACCCUGACCCUGAGGCAG